AUGGCUACAGACAUGUUGGCCGUUACUGCGCCAGCAUUCACAGACCCUUCUGGCUAUGAGCUGUCCAAGCUGCCGCGACCGGUGAUCAGUGGCGAGGCGGAUGUCAUGAUUCGAGUCCUCGCGGCCAGCAUCAACCCAGUGGAUGUGAAGAAGGCAGCUGGCGCAUUCAAAUUGGCCAUGCCGGAAAGAUUCCCGUACAAGAUUGGAUAUGACGCUGCCGGUAUCGUCGAAGCCAUUGGAGGGCAAGUGACCCGCUUCAAGGCCGGCGACGAGGUUUUUGUGCGGCUACCUGAGGUCGGGCGAGGCUCGUGGAGCGAGUAUGUCGUGUGCCCAGAGUCAUACAUCGCUUUCAAGCCCCGGAACCUCUCCUUUACCGAGGCAGCAUCCUUGCCCCUGGCCGGUGUCACCGCUCUACAAGUGCUGAGGCAGUAUCAGGGCGGCCUGGAGGGAAAGACAGUCUUCGUGCCCGCUGGACUUAGCGGCACUGGCGCCUAUGCCUGCCAGUUGGCCAAGAAUGUCUUCCGUGCAGGUAAAGUAAUUACGACAGUUUCGACCUCGAAGGUUGCCAAAGUCGCCGAGCUUCUGGGAGAGGGGGUAGUUGACCAAGUCAUCGACUACACCAAAGACAGCCCAACCAAGGUCAUUGCGCCACGCUCGGUCGAUCUCCUGUUUGACACGACAGGCCAGGCCAUGCAAUUUCUCUCGCUCAUGGUUCCAUCUACUGGUCUCAUCGUAUCCAUCUCUACCACCCCUUCUUCUGCAACACUGCAAAGUGCCAGCGUUAUGCAACGACCCGACAACCCCCACGUCCCACUCCUCGGGCGGCUCUUGCUAGACACCAUGGAUGCGCUGCGCAGACUGCGCGCCUGGCGCUGGAGCGUGACCUACAUGUACUGGUUCCUCAAGCCGAACGGGGAGGAUCUCACGGCACUCUCAGGUUUUGCAGAGGAGGGGAAGUUGUUGCCGUUGGUAGGGACAAGGGUCAGCCUCGAAGAUAUCGAAAAGGUCAGAGAGGCAUGCAUGCUGUCUUACAGAGGCAAAGGCGGCAUCGGCAAGACCGUCUUUGAAGUGUCUCCUGCCAACUAG